GUACUCUAAAUAAACAAUCCAUCAAGAUCACUUCACACUAUCAAUUGUUGUGUUGUAAAAAAAAUGGAGAUUGAUCAGCAAAUUAUUUCAUUCUUUCUUUUCAUCUCCUUCCUCUUUUUUCUAAUUCAUAAGUCGAGUAAUACAAAAAUAGGUGUCAGCAAGAAAUUGCCUCCAGGACCUUGGAGGUUACCUAUUAUUGGUAGUGUGCACCACUUGACAAAAGGAAUACCACAUCGUGUUCUCAAAAAUUUGUCAAAAAUAUAUGGCCCAAUGAUGUAUUUACAGCUCGGGGAAGUCCCCACUAUAGUCGUAUCCUCACCACACAUGGCACAAAAAUUCCUAAAAACUCACGACCUCGCCUUUGCGUCGAGGUCACCGACCAUGUUAGGGAAGAUAUUUUGUUAUGACUGUACGGACAUUGCAUUUUCUCCGUAUGGUGAUUACUGGAGGCAAAUGCGUAAAUUGUGCAUCAUAGAGCUCCUCAGUGCCAAGAUGGUCAAGUCGUUCAGCCCAAUUCGACAAGAUGAGCUUUCGAGUCUCUUGUCAUCUAUUGGAUCGAUGGGAAAUACAUCCAUCAAUAUGUCAGAAAAACUAUUUUGGUUUAUGAAUUCUGUGACAUGUAGGUCAUCUUUUGGAAAAGCGUGUAAAGAUCAAAAUGAGGCGAUGAUAAGUUUGCUUCAUGGGGUAUUAUCCUUGGCUGGAGGUUUCGAGUUGGCUGAUUUGUUCCCUUCGAAUAGGUUUCUUCAUGGGAUCAGUGGGAUGGUGUCUACAUUAACUGAGGCACGUAACAAGGUAGAUGUAAUGUUGAACAAUGUUAUCGAUGUGCACAGAGAGAAUCGGGCAAACGGAAAAAUUUGCAAUGCUGAAUGUGGAGCAAAUGAAGAUUUGAUUGAUGUUUUCUUGAGAGUCAUGGAAACGAGGCAACUUCCAUUUACUCUAACAAACGACAACAUCAAAGGGAUAAUUCUUGAUAUGUUUGUAGCAGGAUCUGACACGUCAUCUUCAACCAUUAUUUGGGUAUUAUCGGAAAUAAUGAAGAAUCCAUAUGUCAUGGCUAAAGCACAAGCUGAAGUGAGAGACGUUUUCAAGGACAAGAAAACAUUUGAUGAUGAUGAUUAUCUUGACAAGUUGAAUUACCUAAAGUUAGUGAUUAAAGAAACACUAAGGUUACAUCCUCCAACUCCAUUGCUAGUCCCGAGAGAAUGCAGGGAGGAAACAGAGAUAGAUGGAUUCACAAUACCAUUCAAAAGUAAAGUUCUGGUAAACGUAUGGGCUAUAGGAAGAGAUCCAGAAAGUUGGGAAAAUUCCGAAAGUUUUAUACCAGAGAGAUUCGAGAACAGUUCGGUUGACUUGAAUGGGACUCACUUCCAAUUUCUUCCAUUUGGUGCUGGAAGAAGAACUUGUCCAGGAAGACUAUUUGGUUUAGCUCUUGUUACUCUUCCUUUAGCCUAUUUGCUUUACCACUUUAAUUGGAAACUUCCAAAUGGCAUGGAUCCAAAUGAUUUGGAUAUGACUGAGUCAAAUGGAAUGACUGCUAGAAGAGACAAAGAUCUCUACUUGAUUGCUACUCCUCAUAUAUAAUAUCUUCGAAACUGGACGAUCUCAACUUGUUUGAAACUGAGGUGAAGUUUUAUUAUUGUAGACUAGAAGCAUAAAAAAAAGUAAUGAAUAACUUAAUGGGCUAGCUUGUAAUCUUUUCUUUCUAUUUUCCUUUUUUCAACGUUCCAUACUUUCUAUCCAGUGUUAAUGUACCACGUGAGGAAUAAAUCAAAUAAUAUAUGACUCGUAUUUGGCUUUACGAGUCGCGUGUGUUUCUAUUA